UAAAAAGCUACUCUUUCUUUCUAUUUGAUUCACUGUUGAUAUCGCCUUAUACAUUGGAUAAUCUCAUAACACAGCGUACCAAAGUAGCAAUGCGUUCCCAGUACCUACUUCAACUUCUUCUGUGUGUAACUCUGUUCACAUUGGCAGAAAGUGGGUGGACUUCGUAUAAAAUAUGGAAGGUUGCAAGAAAUUAUAGUCAAAAAGAAUCAUCAAAAUGGAGCGUAUGGAGAAGCUGGGGAUGGAGGUUCGAUUAUUUUGGAAAGAAUAAGUGCAACCUGUUUGUAUAUGAUGUUCUGAAUGAGGCCGGGGCAAAAGCACCGAACAGAAAGCCAGGUAAAACUUCUCCAAUCGGUGCAAAUGAAUGGGCAAACCCGAGAUCAACAUACGUAAAGAAUACUGGUUGCUACAGCGUAGUUUCAUUUGGGCAAAAAAGGAGAGGAGAUAUCAUUGCCUUUGGAAGAAAUGGGACGAGCGGGCACGUUGGGAUAGUGUCCAUUGGCGGAGAAUAUAUCAGCGCUGGUGACUAUCGUGUUGUGGAAAAAUCUAUCCCUAGAAAUAGUCCAUCCAUUGUCCGUACAACCGUUUGGAGAUACACGUGUUAAGCGUGCUCAUAUUCUUCAAGGAUUUCUUCAAGAACGAAUCAUGUUACAAGGACGAAAUAUUAAAUAAAUAAAUUGUUGGACUGAAUUGAA